UGUCAUGGCCAAGUCAUACCUGCUGCCCUGCCUGGUGCUGCUGCCCAUGCUAUGUGGCCCUGGUGCUGCUGCCCAGACCACCUCAUCCUUGGCCUGUUCCCAGGGGCCCAAGUUCUGGUGCCAAAGUCUGGAGCAAGCAUUGCAGUGCAGAGCCCUCGGACAUUGCCUACAGGAAGUCUGGGGACACGUGGGAGCUGAUGACCUGUGCCAAGAGUGCGAGGACAUCGUCCGCAUCCUCACAAAGAUGGCCAAGGAGGUCAUUUUCCAGAAAACCAUUCGGAAGUUCCUGGAGCGUGAGUGCGAUGUCCUUCCUUUGAAGCUGCUGGUGCCCCGGUGCCACUCUGUGCUCGAAACCUACUUCCCUCUGGUCAUCGACUACUUCCAAAGCCACAUUACCCCGAAGGACAUCUGCUGGAACUUGGGCCUGUGCCAACCCAGGCAGCCAGAUCCACAGCCAGAGCCAGGGAUGCCAAGCCCUCUGCCCAACUCGCUGUCAGAGACUCUGCCAGACUUGCUGGUGCCCCCCAGGCUGCCUCGGGCCCUCUCAGUGUGGCCUGGGCCUCACACCCAGGACCUCUCGGAGCAGCAGUUCCCCAUCCCUCUGCCCUACUGCUGGCUCUGCAAAACUCUGCUCAAGCGGGUCCAGGCCAUGAUUCCCAAGGGUGUGCUGGCCAUGGCUGUGGCCCAGGUAUGCCAUGUGGUACCUCUGGUGGCAGGUGGCAUCUGCCAGUGCCUGGCAGAGCGCUACACAGUCCUCCUGCUGGAUGCACUGCUGAGCCACUUGCUGCCCCAGCUGGUGUGUGGCCUCGUCCUCCGGUGCUCCAUGGACAACAGCGCUGGCCUCGUCCUCCCUGCUCUGUCUCUGUCAGAAGGAUGGCUGCCGCAGGAUUCCGAGUGCGACCUCUGCGUGUCUGUGACCACCCGGGCCUGGAACAGCAGUGAGCUGGCCAGACCACAGGCCAUGCACCAAGCCUGCCUCAGCUCCCCACUGGACAGGCAGAAGUGCAAGCAAUUUGUGGAGCAGUACACACCCCAGCUGCUGGCCCUGGAACCCAGGGGUGGGGAUCCCCGUACUACUUGCCAGGCCCUGGGUGUGUGAGGCAACAAUCCUCUCCAGUGUUUCCAGAUCCCCCAGUUCUGAUGAGAGCUCAGCCUCCAGGGAACCACGAGCCCCAGCCUGUGCCUCCAGAUGUGUCAGCCCUGUCCGUCCCAGCUCCACUCACGCCCAUCACCAGGGCCACUUCUGUCCGCUGAGGAGGCUGCACCAGGGGAUUCUCACCCUCAGAGCCAGGCCUGCCUCCCACAGCCUCUGGGCUGGGCUGAGGAGAAACUGCCUGGCUCCAGCAGGGCCAUUCGGAGAGGCUGGAGCUGGCCUGGACCUGGCCACUGACUCCAUGCACUCAACAGAGGCUUGAAUGGUUAUUUACUAACACGCUUGUAAAAUUCAAAACUUGGAAGAAUAAACAGUGCGAGCAUAAAGUACUCUACAAGAUAAACAUAUGAAAUCCUUAAGUGAGGCUUUUUCAAAAAAUCAGGAAACCUCUGUGUGGGAAAGGAGUGUAUCACAUGCUCCAGCAUGAUGGGAGGGUGGCUGGGCAAACUUCCGUAUUUGAAUUGUUCUGCUGCUUGAAAACUGUUGCUCAGUUAAGGUACAAAAAGUGAAUUUUAAAAGCUAAAUGUAUGGCUUGGUGGUAGAACACUUGACCUAGGAGGCACAAAGACCUGGGUUCAAUCCCCAGCAUACCAGAAGGGGGAGGUAGGUUCCUUUUUGUCUUUUUGCUUUGUUUUGAGGUGUUUUUUGAGGCAGCAUCUCACUCUGUAGCACACCCAGGCUGGCCUUAAACUUGUACCAAUCCUCCUGCCUCAGCUUCCCAAGUGCUGGGAUUACAAGUAUGCACUAACAUGCCUAGCUCCUUUUUAUCCUUUUGUAAGGCGAAUUUGCCAACCUUGGUUUGAAAUUCCAGUAGUGACUACUUCGGUUAAGAUUUACCUGAUCAAAGUUCAGGCAAUGCACACCAAGGAUCAGUUUUGAUGUAACACAGUGCCUGCACUAUGCUAAUAAAGUCCUGUUUGCUUGUGCAAAAAA